AGUAAAGUUGACUGCAUGUGAACAUCUGAUAAAAGUUCGACAUUAAGGACUUUUAAUGCCAUUUUCAAUCAUAUGUCAAGCGUUGCAUUUUAUAUAGCCUAACUAACUUAGCGUCUGAACAGGUAAUAUUUUAAUCACGAGUGUGUUUUAGCAAACUAUUAGCACACAACUACCGGCCAGACAAGUUUUUCUUUACGCAACGGAUGAGGCAAAGCCUGAGCAAGAAUCAAAGACAUUCACGUUAGAAAACGAAGGACCGCCCACUCAGCUCAUGAACACAUAUAAAGAGUUGGGAAUCUCUCAUACCUUGCACCUUCAUUUCUACUAGGAUAGUUUGCAGACGGUUAACAAAAUGCCUGUAAGCCUCUGUGGUACAUGGGACAUGGUCAGCAAUGUCAACUUUGAGGGGUACAUGAUUGCAUUAGGGAUCGGCCUGUACACCCGUAAGAUCGCCCUUAAGCUAAAACAUCGUAAAGUAAUCGAGCAGGUGGGGGAUCAAUAUGUUGUCAAGACUAUCAGCACUUUCAAAAACUACACAUUCUCCUUCAGAGCUAAUGAGGAGUUUCAAGAGUUCACCAAGGGACUGGAUGACAGACACUGCAAGUCUCUGGUGACCUGGGAGGGGAACAGGUUGGUGUGCAUUCAAAAGGGUGAGAAGAAGAACAGAGGUUGGGCACACUGGAUCGAGGAUGACAAACUUCAUUUGGAGUUGCACUGUGAAGAUCAAGUCUGCAAGCAAGUUUUCAAACGGGUUGUGUGAGGCCCUGCUGUGGCGUUUACUACUCGAAAAGGUGUAAUGAUGUAAACUGAGUUGUUUACACUUCUGUUUCAGAGGAAUAUGAGGCAAGAACAUGAACCAAGAGUUUCAACUUGUGCCUCAAAACCUGACUAAUCAUUUACAAGCAGUAGGAGGCUUGCAGACUGAGUCAGAAUGUCUGGGAGCAUGAUUCAUAGUGCCACUAGAGGGCGCAAUAGGACCAUGAACACACAGAACUCGGGUCAACAGCAGUUUAGCCCCUGGAGACGCUCACUGCGUGUUGUCAAUAGUUGUGCCACCAUUGCCUAAUCAUGUUUACAUGUGAUGAGAGCGUCAAGAGACGCAUUCACAACCAUUUAGCAAUGUGUAAUGUACUUCUGUUUUUCUGCAAGCCAGAAUUAUUAUUAUUAUUAUUAUUUUACCAGAAUAUGGCUAGUCAAGGACCAUUCUUCAUUUUGAAUACAUUUUUAAAAACGUUUUGUAAAACUGAUUUAGUUUAAAUUUUUUUUUUUAUAUAAGCUUGUUAAGCUUUAUUUUAUUUUUUUUGUUUAUGUAUGUUUUAUAUACACACUUUGUUAAUUCUAUUACUUGAAUUCAACACCUUGUUCAACUCUGUUACUUGAAAGUCACUUAUUGUGCAAUAAAAUUUGGAACAAGCUAUAA